UGGAGAGAAGCGGCAGGUUCCGCCCCCGGCGCGCCUGCGAAAGGACAGCUGGCCGGAGGGGGGCUGAGAGGGAAAAGGCAAAAGAAGAAGUGCAGCUCUGAGGCGAGGGCGAGAAAGGAGCCGGCCGUCGGUCGGUCGGUGGGGGGGGCACGCCAGAGCGGUGGGCAUCGCGCGCUUUGGAGAGGUGGGCGCGCUCCGCGCUUGGAGAGGUCGGGAGCGCCGCGCUGUCGGUCUGCCGCCGCGCUCGGGGGCGGGGCGGGCUGUUGCUGCCGCCGCUGCCGGGGGAGAGAGGGCUGACUCUCAGCGUUUCCCGGCGCAGCUUCCUCUCUCUCCCCCCCCCGCCUCUUUCAUGCAUUUCUUGGCUCGUGCUCCUCUGCCGCCUCCUUUCCUAAAUUCUUCUCCGCGAUGCCGCCCAGAUCUCGCCUGCGGCCAGGCUGACGGGGCCGAGGAGCGGUAACGAAGCGCGGGACUCGCUCGCCAUCUCCGAGGCUGCUGUCUGAGGGAGAGAGAGAGAGUGGAGAGCCCCGCCGUGGGCUGCUGCCGGUGCGGUGGCGCAACGGGGAGAGGCAGAGGCACGAUGCAGCUGAGCCGGUGACCGCGGGGCUGGCGGACGGGGAGCGGAGGCUGGCUGGGUGCCUCCCCGCUCGCCGCAGCGUCCCCGCGGACUGCGAGGCUUGGGAACCAAGCGCGGGGGCCAGUCGGCUGUAGCGAAACCAGCCCACCCCUCGCCCUUUCCAAGACGCUGCGGCAGUUCAGCUAUGCUUCGCCGGCAGAUCAAUCGCUUCCUUGUCGGGGAAGAGAAGCGUGUUGGGACCCGGACUGUCCUUGUCGGCCACCACCCAAUUUCUGUGACAGAGGCGUACAUUUCGCAGAAGUUCUGCAGUAACCAAAUAGUCUCUUCCAAGUACACGGUCUGGAAUUUUCUCCCAAAGAAUCUCUUUGAACAGUUCCGAAGAAUUGCCAACUUUUACUUCCUUAUCAUUUUCCUUGUACAGGUCAUAGUAGACACACCAACAAGCCCUGUCACAAGCGGACUUCCUCUUUUCUUUGUUAUUACCGUUACAGCUAUUAAACAGGGUUAUGAGGACUGGCUGCGGCACAGGGCCGACCAGGAAGUGAACAAAAGCACGGUCUUGGUGAUCGAAGAUGCAAAGCAUGUGAAGAAAGAGUGUGAAGGAAUUGAGGUUGGCGACAUAGUAGAAGUGUCAGCGGAUCAAACCUUUCCUUGCGAUCUGAUCUUCCUCGCAUCGAGUAGCAAGGACGGGUCGUGUUAUGUCACUACAGCUAGCCUGGAUGGAGAAUCGAAUGUCAAGACUCACUACACUGUGCAGGAUACUGCCAAUCUCCAUACAUGCCAAGCCAUAGAUUGCCUUGCUGCCACAAUAGAAUGUGAACAGCCUCAGCCAGACCUCUACAAGUUUGUGGGCAGAAUUAACAUCUACAAGGACGGUCAAGAGCCAGUAGCCAGGGCCCUGGGCCCUGAGAACCUGUUGUUGAAAGGAGCAACGUUAAAAAACACCCCUAAGAUCUACGGAGUUGCUGUUUAUACCGGAAUGGAAACCAAAAUGGCUUUGAACUACCAAGGAAAAAGUCAGAAACGCUCUGCAGUUGAAAAAUCAAUCAAUAUUUUCUUGAUUGUCUAUUUAUGCAUUCUUCUGAGCAAGGCUACAAUAUGCACCACCCUGAAGUACAUCUGGCAAAGUAUUCCAUUUAACGAUGAACCUUGGUACAACCAAAAAACCCAAAAGGACAGAGAAACCUUCAAGCUAUUAAAAAUGUUCACCGAUUUCCUGUCCUUCAUGGUUCUCUUCAACUUCAUCAUCCCCGUAUCCAUGUAUGUGACCGUCGAAAUGCAGAAAUUCCUGGGCUCUUUCUUCAUCUCAUGGGACAAAGAGAUGUAUGAUGAGACCCGCAAUGAAGGAGCCUUGGUGAACACCUCUGACCUCAAUGAAGAGCUGGGCCAGGUUGAAUAUGUGUUCUCGGAUAAAACGGGGACUUUAACGGAAAACACCAUGGAAUUCAUUGAGUGUAGCAUUGAUGGCCACAAGUACAGCAGCUCCAUGUCAGAAGUUGAUGGAUUGAAGCAUUCUGGAAAAGCAGAGAGGAGUCGAGAAGAGCUGUUCCUGUGUGCUUUGUGUCUCUGCCACACGGUUCAGGUCCAGCGGACAGAUGAAACGGAUGCGGUGGGGUUGCAACCCGGAAGUUCGAGCAAGUAUGUCGCGGCUUCCCCAGAUGAAAUCGCUUUGCUGCAAGGAGCUCAAAAGUAUGGUUUCACUUUUCUAGGACAAGAAAAAAACAUCAUGAAGGUACAGAACCGAAAAAGGGAAAUUGAAAGCUUUGAACUUCUAAACGUUCUGGAUUUUGAUUAUGUCCGUCGCCGAAUGAGUGUGCUCGUGAAGGCAAAUGAGGGAACGAUAUACCUGUUCUGCAAGGGAGCAGACUCUGCUGUUUUCCCAAGGGUCCCACAAGCUGAAGCCCAGAGAACAAAAAUACAUGUGGAGCAUAAUGCGUUGGAUGGGUAUCGGACUCUCUGUGUGGCCUACAAAGAAAUAUCUGUAAAUGAAUAUAAGAAAAUUGAUGGCCUGGUUAAAGAAGCUACGAUGGCGCUGCAGGAUCGGGAAGCAAAGAUGGCCAAGGUGUUUGACCAGAUUGAGAAGGACAUGCAUUUGAUUGGGUCCACUGCUGUGGAAGACAAACUCCAAGACUUUGCAGCGGAAACCAUUGAGGCCCUGCACGCUGCAGGCAUGAAGAUCUGGGUGCUGACGGGGGACAAGCUGGAGACGGCUCAGGCCACAUGCUACGCCUGCAGGCUCUUCCAGACCAACACAGAAUUGCUGCAGCUGACGACAAAACUCAUAGAAGAGGGAGACCGGAAAUUGGACCGGCUGCAUGAGCUGCUGCUGGAGUAUCACAAGAAGCUGGUGGGCGAUGUGCCCCAAGGCAAGAAGAGAACCUGGACAUUAAGUCAUGAAUAUGGGCUGGUUAUUGAUGGUGCCACCCUGGCCCUGAUAUUGAACCCUUCCCAAGAUUCGCGUUUCAGUCAUUACAAAAGCAUCUUCCUCCAGAUCUGCCUGAAGUGCACUGCAGUCCUAUGUUGUCGGAUGGCUCCUUUGCAGAAAGCGCAGAUUGUUCGAAUGGUUAAGUGUUCAAAGGGCAGCCCAAUAACACUGGCAGUAGGAGAUGGGGCCAACGACGUAAGCAUGAUCUUGGAAGCUCAUGUGGGCAUAGGUAUCAAAGGUAAAGAGGGCCGCCAAGCCUCCCGAAACAGUGACUACGCAAUCCCAAAGUUUAAAGACUUGAAAAAAUUGCUGUUGGUGCAUGGGCAUUUGUACUAUGUGAGAAUCUCACACCUUGUACAGUAUUUCUUCUACAAGAACCUUUGCUUCAUUUUUCCACAGUUUUUGUACCAGUUCUUCUGUGGCUUUUCACAACAGCCUCUGUAUGACGCCGCUUACCUGACCAUGUUCAACAUUUGCUUUACGUCUCUGCCGAUCGUGGCCUACAGUCUGCUGGAGCAACAUGUCCCUAUCAACGCCCUGAUGACCUUCCCAAAAUUAUAUCUGAACAUUUCCGACAAUGCCAUGUUGCAGCUGAAGCCUUUCUUGUAUUGGACCUUGCUGGGCCUUUUUGAUGGCUGUGUGUUUUUCUUUGGGGUUUAUUUUCUUUUCCAGAAUGCUUCUAUAGAGGACAACGGAAAGAUGUCAGGGAACUGGAGUUUUGGAACUAUGAUUUUUACAGUAUUGGUGUUCACCGUCACAUUAAAGCUGGCAUUAGACACUCGGUUCUGGACAUGGGUGAACCACUUCGUCAUUUGGGGUUCCUUGGUCUUCUAUGUGUUUUUCUCAUUCUUCUGGGGAGGAAUCAUUUGGCCUUUCUUGAAGCAACAAAGAAUGUAUCACGUAUUUGCCCAGGUGCUGACUUCUGCAUCAACCUGGCUGGCAAUAUUUUGCCUAAUCUUCCUUUCUCUUCUCCCUGAGGUCCUUGCCCUGGUUUUUAGAAGUAUGAAAAGAAAACCCCACCAGCCUAACAACCCUCUGGAGCUGCCGAUGCUGGUGUCCUACAAACCACGGGAGAAUGGCUAUACCGCUGCAGCGAAGGCAGAGAAUGCUGUGACUGACUUUGCAGAUCAUUGCCAUCUCAGGAUACUUCAGAUGCAAAGAUGGGUCUAAACAAACAGCGCUUUUUGAGUCAAAAUGAGCAUUAAAGAAGCAGUUGGGCCCACCACAAAGGCAGAAGACACAAGCUCUCUGUUCUCUGUUUUGGUUUCUUUCCUCUUCUGAAGAAGACUUUUGGUUUACAUUGCCAUUUUUAAAAUCAAUGUAAAGGGCGGGAGGAAGGGUCGUCCUCAUCACCUUUUUUCCUUCCUAAUGCAAGUUUUAAGAAAGCGACCUUGCUAUUUUGAUGACAAAAGUCGUGAGAGACUGUUGGCCACCGCGAUAGAUUAUUCUGUCCUCUGUUGAGCCACGAUUCCUCCUCAUCCAAGGAGCAUGAAGAGUUAUGCAUGAGUGUAUUUUCUGUGCCCCCCUUCAACCAAAGAAAUAGCACAAGUUGUAUGUUUCACUUCCCACAGACAGCACUAAGAACUUUUCAUAUAUAUUCAUUGCAAAACCUGUGGUUAAGGUAGCGAACAAUCUCGCCUUGGGUUGAGCACGGGUGGCAAAAUUCCAAAAGCUAAUGACUCAUACAGGAGCCUCACCUUUUUGAAACGUGCCCUUUCUUGCUCCUCUCCACUCAAAACAGGUGUCAUGGAGUCCAAAUGGACAGGUAUCUGUUUUUCCAAACUCUGCAAUGGCCGUGUAAAAAUAUCAGAGCCACAUUUUCA